UCAGAUGUGGAGUCAAGUGAGUUUCGCAGAACUGUUAUCUUCUCACCAAAGAAGUCAAUGAACUUGUUAGCAAGAUCACCAUCAGACGCACACCCUGAAGGAUACUCUACGGGCACGCGCUUAUGUAAGAGCUUAUUUACCGUAUUGAAAAGAGUUCGGGGAUUAUUACUACUCUCCCGUAUAAUGCCUGAGUAAUAGUCAACUUUCGUUUUCUUGAUCAAAGCGUUCACUCUAGGGCAUUGUUCCUUAAAUCUAGAAUAAUCCGAUUCUCGUUUUGAAGAACGCCAGCGCCGCUCGAGAGCUCUGCGUUUUUUCUUUUCAGAUCGUAUUUCCUCAGUGUACCAUAGGGCGGUUGGGCGAAGAGUAAUGGUCUUAGUCUUCAGAGGCGCGUGUCUGUCUAACAACGACUUUAAUGUAGUGUUAUACUCAUAAACAAGUUCACCGAGACUAAAAGAAGCAGCAUCCCUUACUAGCCUGGUGACCAACUGACCACAAAACUCGCUAAAAUCAAUAUCACGAAUUUUGCGAUAUGAGAUUCGUUUACGCUCGAGUGGUAAUUUAGCAAGGUCCAACAAACUGUGUACAGCAAGAUGAUCUGAGACAAAAGGAUUGUCCACAGUACAGCGGCCAACUAAUUUCUCAUGAGCUCUCGUUAUAAUCAAAUCGAGUAUGUGACCUUUCUUAUGAGUCGCAUCAUCAGAAACGUGCUGGAUCAAAUCAAACGAUUCCAGGACUUGUAAGAAUCGUCGAGCAUCGCAAUCAUUAGGCUCGUCAAUAUGAAAAUUAAAGUCGCCAGCGACUAACAGGGCACUAGUAGUCGAAACAAGUCCCUCCAGAAAAGAACUAAACUCCUCCAAAAACAUUCUGACCGUGAAUCCAUUCCCAGGAAUAGGUGGAGCUCGGUAAGUAACGACAAGCCUAAGAUUAUGAUUGUAAACUGAUGUAAUAUGAAUAUUAAUGAGUUCAAAACUCCUGUGGAUCAUUUGUACAUCCCUCUUGACCUUAAAACAUCUCCUGUAAACUAGAGCAACUCUACCACCGUCAGCACAAUUCCUUGGUAAAUUCUCAAUGAUUCAAUAUUUCAUCCAUUCUUGUUUGACCCUGAUAUUUUUUCUGUUCUUCAAAGUCCCCAAACCGUUUGUUUUUCGUUCCCUGUGUCUGACUGACGGCUCAUUGUACGUAAUCAAAGACUUCAUUAAGGGGGCUUUCCAAAAGUCAGAACUGGCCGGCCAGACCAUAGCAGGCACCAGUCAUUUUGACAAUGAAAAAUGCUUUUUUCCAAUAGCUUUUGUUGAAACACCAUUUCCUUUGUGCCCGCUAUUUGGGAUCUGACUGAUAGUUUUGAUUAAAAGUGAAAUUCUCAUUAUGACUGGAAUGGUCUGGCCGGUCAGUUCUCACAAAUGGAAAACGUCCUAAGAUUUUAUUAAGACACAGAAAUUGUUUCCAUGCUUACAAAAAUCACCAAAAAGUUAUUAUGUUUAAUUCCCUCGGAUAAAAUUUGUUCGAUGUCUUUUUUUAUGGGGUGGAUUGAACGGUCUUUCCUUCUUCGUAGCAAAAACAAGCAGGCAAACUUUUGAAGAAAACGGCAAAGGAAGAGCAGGCUCAGGUCACCAUGGAAAUGAUCUCAUUGCGCCAGAGUGACGUCCCAAAGGACAUGGCGUCAACCACUCACAGUCUCCCUGAUGUAAGAAUUUUAAUAAUAAUAAUAAUAAUAAUAAUAAUAAUAAUAAACUUAAUUCUUAUAUUGCGCGCUUUCUAUGAAAUGAUCAAGCGCGCAUUACAUGAUUUCUAUCUAUAAUAAUUUAAUACAAGGUAUCUAACUAUAAUUAUUUAAAAUAUACUAUGAUAAAAUUAAAAUAUACAGCAUAUAUUAAGAUACCAGUAAUUAUCGUGAUAAAAAUUAAUAAAUUAAUAAAAAGCUUUCCUAAAGAGGUGCGUUUUCAGAUGGCACUUAAAAAUCCCUAGAUCUGUAAUAGAACGAAUCGCACGCGGUAAUACAUUCCAAAGUGCCGGAGCUGAUAAUAUACACACUCAAGCCACAAGCGGCCUUGUCUCCAUCCUUGGAGGCAAAGGGGCAGUCAGGUGGUUCGGGAGAAAACGUUAGAGUCCCUGGGUACCGACUCUCACCAGACUAUUUCCAAACAAUCCAGCGAGUACUGACACCUGAUUGGGCACAAAAAAAAUGCUUUGUAUUAUUUUGCCCAAUGGGCGAACAGGGGCUCCUAUUUUCUUUUCGUGUGUUCGUACACGACGGCUAUUAUCUCGCGAUACUUGUCCGGUUCUUUCACCAAGGUUGGGCGUGUAAGGGGAUUCUUGGCUUUUCCUACCUUGCCCCUACCAGAAACGGAGGAACUACCGAUGAUUUGGGAAGACGUUUCAGAUGCCAACGGCAGGACCGUUCCAAUUUGCUCCUAGACCAUUCUGCCACAAGGUAUCGUGAAUGAUAUUUACGAUGGCGUGAUCGAUAAGGAUCAGUGCAAGCUUGAAUACGUGUUUUAAGCUCAAGUUCACGUUUUUUGAUAAGCAUCUUUUUAAUACCCUUACAUACGUUUCCAUAUUUUAGUUUUCGGGUAGACAGUUGCAGUUUUUUGGAAUUCAUGGACAGGCUUUAUAUCAAACUGAAAGUUUCCUGAGAGCGUAUGUUUCUUUGGUACAAGAGCGAGACAAGUAUCAUAAUGGCGAGACAAUAGCAGUCGUGUACGAACACACGAAAAGAACUCAGGAGAUGCUGUUUAUCGAUUGGGCACAAUAAUAUAAAGCAUUCUUUGCACACAAUCAGCUUGACCGUUGCGAAAUGGUUUAGUAAGGGUCAGCACCCAGGGGCUCUUCCGCCCUUGCUUGGAAACUUUUUUUUGCCGCGCCUUUUCUCCCGACCCGGCUGACUACCUCUGGCUCUCCGAGGAUGCCUUGUCUCGCGAUACGAAGGGUGUAACAUGAUAUAUUUCAUUCCUAAGAGCAUUGGGCGAAGCGAAAGGUGACGUUUCAGUGACUGAAGAGAUAUCACGUAACAAAAGACUAUAGUUAUUGAAUUAAAUAUCUUGGUUUCUGAAGAAUGGUAAAUAAAAUUUCCAUCUUAUUUCAGUGGAACUUUAAAUGAAUAAAUUCACCUCCUUUCUGUCUUCUGUUAGUCGAAUUACAUAGUUUUAGCACAACUACCCCGAAACUCAUGGAAGAUAAUUAUUAGUGCAUAAGAUUUUAUAGCAUGAUUUAAAUUGGAUUUUAAGCUGAGGGAACUAGCAAAUAAAACAAUAAGAAGAAAAAGGCAGUAGUCUGCUUAAACUUGUGUGAUAUUUUAAUUUUUAGUUACAGACAGUAGCUUCUACAAUGUAAUGUUCCAAUUUUCAUACAUAUAAAUGAAUCGCCUUUUUUAAAAAUCAUUUAGCAAAGGUUCGGCUGUAAUAGUGAGGCUAUGGACGAUGAACAUUCUGCACACAACGAACAAGUGAACAUUGCACAGCAAAGCGACAAAGAUGCCGUUCUUGAAGUGAUUCCCUCAACUUCCGCUGAAAAUCAAGUAAGAAGUUUUAUAAUUAUAUACCACUACAAGUAAUGCGGGUAUGGGUAUACGGGUACUUGGUGUACUUGGUGCAUUUGGUACCUCACGGUCAUGAACGUCCCUACCCUGCAUUGCAUAGUUCCGGGUAGCCCUUGGGCAAGGCGUAGCACCCGUUAGGCCUGUCAAGGUCACGACACUGUCGCCUGGCAGUCAGGUUUUUGUUUUUGCCACAGGCGAAGGGAGACUACCCCUACAGAAAACGAGCCCACCGCUGGAAGGUCUGGCGCUCCUCCAGCAUCGCUUGCUGGGAUUUGUCUCAGUGAGCCUAGAAAAACAUUGAUUUGAUAAACACUGCAAACUUCUCUACAUACUUGCUCGGUCCUCGCCGGGAUAAACAAGGGCCGAGUCCCCCAAUGGGCAACCAUGUUGGAGUUGAUAAGUAAGCUACUGGAAGACUCUUAAGAUGCUAGAUAAACACUCUGGUGUCAACUUUUAACAUCCGUUCACUCAGCUCCAUUGAGAAGAUUAGAGAGCUUACCGCGCUGGCGGAGGAAAAAGGAAUAUCUGUUGUUUGUCUGCAGGAACAUCGAAAAUUUCACCAUAAUGCGGACGUGCACUAUACUGAUGUCGGCAAGGGCUGGAUCUUGGCCACCUUCUCGUGCUGGAGGAAGUCCGUGAACAGUUGCGUGGGAGGAGUGGGUAUGCUACUAAGCAACUCUGCUUACAACUCCCUCGAGGGCAAUAUUGUGGUAGUGAUUAGCCGAAUCAUCGUGGCAAACUUAAGUGACAACGCUGCUACUACUAUUAUAUGCUGCUCAGUCCAUCGAACUGCUCGGAUGACAGCGAUGCUCUAGACUUCUACAACACACUCUCUGAAUUAAAAAAGAAGCUACCUGGACAUAACUUUAAGAUCAUAUGUGGUAUUAUUUGAAUGCACAAAACAGUCCCUUAGACUGUAAUGGGUUUAGCUUUGGAAAAAAGACGUUUAAGUUGGAUAUGGCUACUGAAUGUGAGCUUAUAAUUUAUAACACACGCUUCCAAAAGAGCUUUAAAAGUUGUGGACGUUCAUGUACCCAAAUGGUUGCAAAGCCAAACUUGAUUAUAUAGUGGUAAACAGGAAAUAGUGGAACAGUCUCUCAAAGACUGUCAGGCAUAUGACCCUUUCAGUACAGUAUAUUCAGACCAUAAAAUUUUCGUAACUAAACUACGCCUCAGUUUGCUAACCAAUGGGAAAACAACUACCAACGUACCAGUUUCGACUGGCAUUGUUUUAGCACCAGCCAUUCCGUAAGAGAGGCUUAUACUGUGGAAGUUGGGAAUCGGUUUGAGGCCAUGUACGAGCUUGAGGAAAAACACACUGUGAACGAUCUGUAUACUACGAUGAUCAAAUGGAUGCAGCUGGGAAGUGUAUUCCUAAGAAGAAACGAGUGAAAAAACGAGUGCCCUGGGAGAAAGAACUUGUUAAGGAGAAAAGGAACGAGUUGAAGAAAGCCUAUUUGAAAAAUAAGCGUCCCCCCAACUCUGACAAUGCGAACUACCUAAGACAAGCAAAAGAGGAACUUCACUUCUCUGAGGUGGCCAGCGGUACACGUAGCAUUGGACACCCACUAAAGAGGUUCAAAGAAGCCCUGAAACAAAAAACUGAAUCGAAUCCCACUCUUCGAUGGCAAACCUUCGCCACAGACCGCAACGCCUGAAGAAUGGCCGUUCACAAAGACGUUCAAGGCUUUGGAAAUAGCGGCUGAAUGAUCUCGAUCAGACCUCUCGGCUGGCCGAGUUCUAGUUGCGCAAAAGCUGCGUCUUAGCGAUUAAGUCGAUCUGUACGAUUUCUUCGAGUUUUUUAAGCUAGACCAUUAUUUAUUUUUUUGUAAAUUUCUCCAAGGAUGUGGAGUGGAAAAUAAUGGACAAAGACUGGCUACUAAGCAGCCAAGCGGCAACAGGAAAAAGUCAAGCGAAGCCUUCACCGGCCAUGCCACCUGUAAUCGAAAGCAUACACGAGGAUCUCAGCAGUGAUGAAGAAGACGGGGAGGAGAACUUUCGAACCAAACAACUCUUUUCAUUUGCUUGGCAAAUUGCUAAAGGAAUGGUAAUUACUAUAUGAUUAUUUUCUGAGCAACGUUGCUUCCAUUCAGGUUUUGUUUUCAUCCUUCAAAGAUCGUUAUCAAAGACUAUUCCACAAGCAAGAAAAAAAGGGUAAAUAAUUUAAUUUUCUAGAUGAUUAAUGGUUUUUAGAGGAGAAAUUGUCAUAGUCAGUCGAACCAAAUUCGGCAUGUUUUGUCUGAACUUGAAUCAGCCGUUUAGAUCAGUUCAGUUGUGAUAUUUUACUUUUGAUUAUUGGCUCCUAUAAUUUUCACGCCUUCACCCAUGCCUUUUUAGGCAAUAGUAGCCCCGUAACUGAAGUUUUAUGGUACUUAUUUUCAUUUUUUCUCUUUCCUUCUUAAAAUUAGAAUCAUCUCGCCGAAAACAAUCUUGUUCACAGAGACCUUGCUGCCCGUAAUGUUCUUGUUGGCCAUGACAACCAAAUCAAAGUGUCAGACUUUGGGUUGAUGAGACAAAUCUAUGAAGAUGUGAGCAGCUCAGCGAAGUCCAAAAAACUUCCUGUAAAAUGGAUGGCCCCAGAAUCACUUUAUCAAAGCCUUUACACCACCAAAAGUGAUGUGUGA